GGUGCUCGAUGAACAGCGGGAGCUUAACUGGCGGUCGGUCAUGGCCGUCACGAACAUCUUUAACCUCAUCGGGAAAGAGGAUACAAAAGGAAAUGUCAGAACUCAACACGGACCCACCUGUAGACUGCUCCGCGGGUCCCAAAGGCGAUAACCUCUAUCACUGGCUCGCCACUCUCUUUGGUCCACAAGGAACACCUUAUGAAGGCGGAAUAUACUUUCUUGACAUAACGUUUCCAGCUAAUUAUCCUUAUAAGCCUCCAAAGGUUGUGUUCAAAACGCGUAUAUAUCAUUGCAAUGUUGAUUCAAGUGGCAAUGUUGGCUUGGAUAUUCUUGACGAAAACAGUUGGAGUCCCGCUUCAACGAUUUCAAAGGUGCUACAUGAUUUGAGAUCGAUCUUUACAAACCCGAACCCGUGUAUGUAUUUCAUCCUCUUUAAAAUGAUCCAUUGAUUUUCUUGAAAGAGUAAAGUGUCAUUUUCGCUCCUUAGGUUUGGCCGGUUUUGCGACUUUCGUCCAAAGGUUUGUUUUUUUGCAUCUGAAUCCAAAAGGUUUGAAAUCUUUCAUCCGACCCUUUAACUCC